AUUUAAAACAUUAUAGUUUGAUGCUACAGUUAUUACAAACCUGAAACCUGAUUACAGCAGGAUGUUUGGUUAAACUGUGCCUUUAAUCAGCAUGGUGGUUGUAACAUAAAAAACAGAUGCCAUAUUAUAGCUACAUUUUUUAAUGUUUGACAUUUGCCAUUAUAUUGGUAAAAGCAGGUAUAAUUCAGCUAAACAGAAAGUUGGGAGACUGCUAAUCGCAGAUAGAUUAAUAAACUCUGUAAGUCUGUUAAAUAAUUAAGGAAUUUCUUACCAGGAGAAAACAUCCAUAAAGCCAUUGAGGAGCAGGAAAUAUGCUCAAUGUAAAUUGGCAAGGAGGCGGAGUAUGGAAAAACUUUAAGUAGGAGAUUUGAUUGCCCCAGGUCCUUUGGCUAGAGGAGCUCCUGUUCACCGUCUCUCUUUCUCCAUUAACCUCAAUCAGUCACAGGAGGUUCUCAAAGCUGAUGGAAGGAACUUCAUACAACACUGAGCAGGACAGAAGCAGCUCCGAACACAGGAAACACAUCCAUUAUAUCACAAAUACCUGUAAGAUAGUUGAGGGAAAAAAAAUUGCAUUUUAGGAUUUAUAUUAUAAAUUCAAACCAUUUAUUUGUAUGAAAAAUUUGACACCUUAAUCCAGCAUAAAAUGUUAAUCUCAAUAGUUUUUCUCCUCAUUCUAAAUCCUGUGCUUUCUCUUCAAGGCACACUUAGCGAGAAUAAAAAUGGCACUACCAAAUCUAAGGAACACACUAUUAGCCAAAAUAUUCCCAAACUAGUAACCACAACAAUUACCACCAAAGUGAAAAUCCAGACCCAUGCUGCUUCUUCAAAAAGCACCAAUCAGACUCUUCCUUCCAUACCGAAGCCCGUUGUGGAUGGUGUCCAGAAACCUGUGCCUACUCUUCAAGACACACUUAGUAAGAAGAAAAAUUCUACUACUAAAUUAAAAGGAGAUGCUAUUAAUCUAAAUGUUCAGAAACCAGUAACCACAUUAUCAAACGGCAAAAUGAAAAACUCAAGUCAAUCUACUUCCUCAAAAAUUACCAGCACUAGUCAGACUCUUUCAUCCACUGCAAAGCCUACUGUAGAUGCUGUCCAGAAUCCUGGGCCUGCUCUUUCAGGCAAUCUUAAUGAAAAGAAAAAUUCUACUGCCAAAACAACUGCCAAUACCGGUAGUCUUAAUCUUCCAAAGUUAGGAACUACAGCAUUAAAUACCAAGCUAAAAGACCAGACUCAUCCCACUUCCUCAAAAAUGAGCAGCGUCAAUCAGACUCUUCCAUCCACUACAAAGCUGGUUGCUGAUGAAAUCAUACUUAGCGAGAAAAAAAAUUCUACUGUGAAGUUAAUGUUUCAAUCUAUUAAUGUUAAUGUGUCAAAGAAAGUUUCUACAUUAUUAAACACCAAAACGAAAAACCAGACUCAAUCUACUUCCUCAAAAAUUAGCAAUGUCAAUCAGCGUCAAGACAUCAUCCAGAAACAUGUGCCUUCUCUUCAGGACCCACUUAGUGAGAAGAAAAAUUCCACUGUUAAGUCAACAUCCCAAACUACUAAAGUUGUGACUACAUUAUUAAAGACCAAAAUGAAAGACCAAAUUUCCUCAAAAACCAGUAGAGUGAAUCAGACUCUCUCAUCAUCUACAAAGCCUGAUGUGGACACCAUCCAGAAACCCAUGCAAAGUGUACAAAACACAGUUAGUGAGAAGAAAAAUUCUACUACUAAGUCAACAGUCAAUAGUGUUAAUGUUAACGCUGAGAAACCAGUAAAUACAUUAUUAAAGACCAAAAUGAAAGACCAAAUUCAAUCUACUUCCUCAACAACUAGUAGAGUGAAUCAGACUCUUCAAUCAUCUACAAAGCCUAAUGUGGACACCAUCCAGAAACCUGUGCAAAGUGAACAAAACACAGAUAGUGAGAAGAAAAAUUCUACUACUAAGUCAACAGUCAAUAGUGUUAAUGUUAAUACUGAGAAACCAGUAACUACUUUAUUAAAGACCAAAAUAAAAGACCAAAUUUCCUCAAAAACUAGUAGAGUGAAUCAGACUCUCUCAUCAUCUACAAGGCCUGACGUGGACACCAUCCAGAAGCCUGUGCAAAGUGAACAAAUCACAGUUAGUGAGAAGAAAAAUUCUACUACUAAGUCAACAGUCAAUAGUGUUAAUGUUAAUACUGAGAAACCAGUAACUACAUUAUUAAAGACCAAAAUGAAAGACCAAAUUUCCUCAAAAACCAGUAGAGUGAAUCAGACUCUCUCGUCAUCUACAAAGCCUGACUUGGACACCAUCCAAAAGCCCAUGCAAAGUGUACAAAACACAGUUAGUGAGAAGAAAAAUUCUACUACUAAGUCAACAGUCAAUAGUGUUAAUGUUAAUACUGAGAAACCAGUAACUACAUUAUUAAAGACCAAAAUGAAAGACCAGAUUUCCUCAAAAACUAGUAGUGUGAAUCAGACUCUUUCAUCAUCUACAAAGCCUGAUGUGGACACCAUCCAGAAACCUGUGCAAAGUGUACAAAACACAGUUAGUGAGAAGAAAAAUUCUACUACUAAGUCAACAAUCAAUAGUGUUAAUGUUAAUACUGAGAAACCAUUAACUACAUUAUUAAAGACCAAAAUGAAAGACCAAAUUUCCUCAAAAACCAGUAGAGUGAAUAAUACUCUCUUGUCAUCCACAAAGCCUGACAUGGACACCAUCCAGAAGCCUGUGCAAAGUGUACAAAACACAGUUAGUGAGAAGAAAAAUUCUACCACCAAGUCAAAAGACAAUAGUGUUAAUGUUAACGCUGAGAAACCAGUAACUACAUUAUUAAAAACCAAAAUGAAAGAACAAACUCAACUUACUUCCUCAACAACUAGUAGAGUGAAUCAGACUCUUCUAUCCUCCUUGAAGCCUACUGUAGAUGUUGUCCAGAAACCUGUGUCUUCUCUUCCAGCAACAACUGGCAAAAAGAAAAAAACUAGUACAGAGUCAGUAGGUCAGUUUAUUCAUGUUAAUGUUUCAAAGUCAGUAAACACCAAAAUGAUAAACCAAACUGUUUCGUCAAAACCUAGUAAUGUUGGUAAGACUCUCUUAUCUACACCAAAGCCUGUUGUAGAUGUCCAGAAACCUGGCCCUGCUCUUCAAGGCACAAUUAGCAAGAAGAAAAACUCUACUUCCAAGUUAACGACUCAAACUAUUAGUCAUAAUAUUCCCAAGCUAACUACAUUAGUGAAUACCAAAAUGAAAAACCAGACUCAUCUGACUUCCUCAGAAGCUAGUAGUAUCAAUCAGACUCUCCCAUCUACCCUAAAGCUUGAUGUGGAUGAAAGCACACUAAGCAAGAAGAAAAAUUCUACUGUAAAAUCAAUAUCCAAAAAUAUUAAUGUCAAUCCGCUGAAGACAUUAACUACAUCAUUAAACACCAAAACAAUAAAUCAAACUCAGUCUACUUUUUCAAAAAUUAUCAGUGUCAAUCACACUCUAACAUCCACCACAAAGCCAGAUGUUGAAAUCAAACUUAGCGGGAUGAAAAAUUCUACUGUCAAGUCAACACCCCAAACUAUUAAUGUUAAUGGAUCAAAACCAGUAAAUGCAUCAUUAAACACCAAAGCUAAAACUAAAACUCAAUCUACUUCCUCAGAAAUUAGCAAUGUCAAUCAGACUGUUGCAUCUACCACAAAACCUUUGGUCAACAGAGUCCAGAAUCCAUCUAAAGACAAACCUGCAGAGAGUUUACCAGUUAAGGUAGUCAUCACUGAGGGUUGUGUUCCUCAGGAAUCUCAGACAGACUUAGGUAACGGAACCAAAAUCCGAGAAACAGAGCUCAGUUUGAAUCCCGGAUCUCCUCUGGUAAUGACUCAUCACAUCAACCUGGUUCAAGGAGCCUGCACAGGAAGCUGUGACACUGAGAUGGCCAAACUGAGAGACAGAGUUGAGUUUCUUGAGAAGGAGAUGGCAGCGAUUAAAAAAAUGUGUGUUCAGUGUUCAGGAGAGCAAUGCCCUAAAAACUGUAGUAGCCAGGGCAAGUGUGAAGAUGGGAAGUGUGUAUGUUUCCAGGGCUUUAGUGGCCCAGACUGCAGUGGCAAAACUUGCCCCUCUAACUGCAACAAAAAAGGGAAGUGUGUGAAGGGAAAUUGUGUGUGUCAGACUGGUUAUACGGGCCUAGACUGUAGUAACGCUGUUGACAAGAAGAUCACAGUUACUGUUGAAACAGUGGCUAUGAAGAUCCCCACUGCCAAACCCAAUACAAAACAUGCGAAGACAAAGCCAGACAAGACCAUAUUCAUGAAAAAGACAGAAACCACAGCCAAGCCAAUAGUGAAGCCAAGUCCAACCGUGUCUCCAGGUAAAGCCCAGUCCAAUACCACAAAGGGAGACAAGGUUGUUAAGACUUCUGGACAAGAUCUGCUAAACCAUCAAGGUAUAAGACGUCAAGAGGAAGCAAAAGAAGGCAAAACAACAACCAUAAAACUAGAAUUAGAAAAACAAUCACAAACUGAUCUCACUGACACAUCCAAGAAAAAUAAUCUUAAAGAUGAGCCUGUCUAUCAGAACGAGACUCCGAGAUCUGGAAAGAAAGUUAAUGGAACCUCUAAAGUUUCAGAGAAUGUGUUUAAAGGCACCAAAGAAUUAUCUAAUCCAACUGUGCCCAAGACAAAGGUCACUAUUAGAACUGUAGGUGAUCAAGCAAAAGAAAGCAAGACUAUUAAUGUUACAUCUAUUGGAAAAGAAAAGAAUCUAUUGCACAGUAAUGUAACGAUUCUCCAAGCAGAGAAGUCAUCUGAUAAGCAUGAAAAUGGGACAAGUUUUGAAUCCAAAAUUUAUAAAAAGCAUUUUAACAAAACUAUCAGCAGAUUAUCAGUCAUUGGAUCAGUUGAGGUUCAUAAUAUCACUUCUACCGGUUUCAUCAUGUCUUGGGAAGCUCAUCGAGACAUGUUCAAGAACUUCACUAUAUCAAGAAGGCAAAUCAGAGGAGGAAAUGAUGAUUCUGAGAAAAUUCUGGAUGGAGCAGAGGCUGUAAAUGUAACAGAUGUCCAAAGGCCCAGUUUAAACAGAACAUCAACUAAAGUCCAAAGUAGCAAACCUGAAGAUAAAACUGUGAAAAAGUUCUCCCAAGUUCUUGCUGGUAUAGCACGGUCGUAUCAUUUCAAAGGCCUUCAACCUCAAACAUGGUACUCGGUUUCCUUGUUUGGCUCUGGUCCUGGUGUACGAUCCAAAAUUCACCGCCUUACAUUAUCCACAGGCCCUGAACCACCCACUGACUUGAUGUUCAGCAAUAUAACAGAGACUUCCUUCUCAGUAUCAUGGACAAAACCUAAAAGCAUAGUAGCAGAAUUUAAAGUCACUUACACCAACAUUGUAACUGGUGAAAGUGGCUCCAUGUCUGUUGACUCCCAGCUGUCCCAUGUUCUCCUGUCUAAGCUCUCUGCUGGCUCCACCUAUGAUAUUACUGUGAGCUCAGUUCUGGAGACAGUCGAAAGCGAGCCUGUCACAGCCUCUGUCACAACAGUGCCAGAUUCUCCUACUGAACUAAAGGUGGUGAACAUCACAGACACUAAAGCUCUGCUGGUAUGGAAACCUUCACAAGCUAAAGUGGACAGCUACAUACUCACUUAUGGAACUACAAAAUCUCCUAAUGUGACUAUCACAGUGACAUUAUCUGGCAGUACUGUGGAGCAUCAACUCAGAGGACUCCACAGAUCUUCUUUAUACAUGGUGAAAAUCAAAAGUCAAGUCAACCGGCUCCAGAGUAGCCCAGUCUCCACAACCUUCACAACAGGAAGUGGAGUGAAACUUCAGGUUGUGACUCCCGAUGAGGUGACAUUUCACUCAGCUGUGAUUUCAUGGAGGGCACCCCGUGUGGCUUUCAAAAGUUAUAGGCUCACAUACCAACUGAGCGAGGAAGUCAAGGAGGUGAUUCUAAAUCCAUCUGUGACACGUUAUGAGCUGAGUGGACUGGCAGCCUUUUCAAACUAUACUGUGAAAAUAGAUGGAGAAAGAGAUGGACAGUACAUCAGUUUUGUCUUUGCUGAAUUUACCACUGCCCAGCUCCCACACCCAUACCCCGCAGACUGCUCAGAGGUACAGCUCAACGGGAUGAAGGAGUCAGGGGAGGCCGAGAUUUACCCUGAAGGGAAGGAUGAAGAGCCAGUCUGGGUCUACUGUGACAUGGAGACUGAUGGAGGAGGCUGGACAGUAUUCCAGAGGAGAAUGGAUGGAUCUACUGAUUUCUUCAGGACCUGGAGAGACUACAGUAAAGGCUUUGGUUCCCUAAGUGGAGAAUUCUGGCUGGGAAAUGACAUCCUUCACACUCUCACCAGUCGUACACCAAUGAGCCUGAGGAUUGACCUGCGUUCAGGAAAUGACACAGCCUUUGCUCAUUAUGCCAACUUCAGCAUUAGCUCAGAGACUAACCACUAUGAAAUUGAGCUGUCUGGAUACUUUGGCACCGCUGGUGAUUCCAUGAAAUAUCACAACCGCCGUCCAUUUUCCACCAAAGACAGAGAUCCAAACACUCUUAGCAUCCACUGUGCUAAGGCCUACUUGGGAGGCUGGUGGUAUAAAAAUUGCUACAAGGCUAACCUCAAUGGCCUCUAUGCCUCCUACUCAGACAAUAAGGGUGUGGUGUGGAUAGACUGGAAGGGCAAAGACGCAUCCCUCCCAUUUACUGAGAUGAAGCUUCGACCCUCCUAUAGCAGUCAAAUGAUCCCGACAACCCCAACAACCCAAGGUUAAAUCUACAGAGUGAAUAGUGCACAAUAGUGCAAAUACACUGUACAAACUUUUACACACUGCUACUUCAAUAUUGUAUAUAGGUUAACAUAAAAUACAAAACAAGCUUUGCAAAAUAAAUAUGCAAACAACCUCCAACCAAUCACAAAGACUUUUGUACGCAAGUUUUUUUAUAUAUAUUUUUGUUAUGUUAUGUAGCCUUUAUGCAUGUUUCGAUGUACUUGUGUUAAUGGAGGUCCAUCAUUGAUAUUAACAUUUCCUCUACUGGAAUAAUAUGCACUGUCUUGAUCUAAAUUGGUUUCCUCUCUAUGAAAUUGAUUUAUUUUGAUGUUGUAAACAUGUAGACAAAACCAAUAAAACAAAGUACUAACCA